UACUUUUAGCAUAGAACGACAUCUGCAUGAGCAUAACAAACCUAAACAAUCUUUUAAUGUGUACAUAUCGUAUACACAUACAUAGUAAUCAUUUCGCGCCAGGAUCAUUUUCACGUCAAAGCGUCACACAGGAUCACAAAAUUAUAAUUAGUAAAAUAAGUAAACAAUUAGCAGGAAACAAAUAGUAUCGAAAUGUCUGCUUUGGAGGAAAUCACCAACUGUAAUGAUUCCGGAAUGUCUGCUACCGCUCAGCAGAAGGCUAUCGAAAAAGCUAAUCGGCAGCUUAAUCCGAUGGCCGAACACUCGGAGUUCUGUAAGUACGAUGUGACCGGAUGUGAGUUCGAUUUAUACUGCCGUCGCAAAGCCGACAUGGAGCCCAAAACGCUCAAAUGGGCUUUUAAACUGGCAGAGAAGAAUGUCGGUCCUCAGUACAAAAGCUGCAGCCUUGGAUGGCAGCCGAAAGUGAAACAAUCGGAUCUAAAUAAAGCCUGGGCUCGAUACCUGGUCGCUGUUGAUCGGAAGACCAGAAAACCAGCGGCCUAUUCGAUGUUUCGAUUUGAUUUGGACUACGGGCGGUGUGUUUUAUAUUGCUACGAAAUGCAGGUUGAAUCAGAGUACCAGAGAAAGGGGCUCGGAGGUUUCAUGAUGCGAGCACUGGAAAAGAUGGCCCAGCACUACGGAAUGGAACGGUUAGUUCUGACAGUACUGAAAAACAACGACGACGGUGUUAGGUUUUAUCAGAAGUUAGGCUAUGAUGUUGAUGAAACUUCACCUGAUAAAUCAGACAAUGCUGCUUAUGAGAUAUUGAGUAAAUCCAUGUUAUAAAUUUAACCAAAGUUGUGAAUUUUAUUCAAUUUUAAGCUUGACUGAAUAUUAUACAGG